CGGACUUAACGUGAAACAAAAACCAACAUGCUGUUUCCAGUUUUGGUGAUACUGGGAAUCUGUGUUACUGGCAGCCACUCACAGUUUCAAACCCUCCGUCCAGUAACAAUUGCUCCACCGCUCCCUGGGCAGGCUACAGUUGCACCACCGCUGCCUGGACACAAUACAGUUGCACCACCAUUACCUGGACACAAUACAGUUGCACCACUAUUACCUGGUGGAUUUGAUCCAACAUGUGUUGACAAACUUCAUAACUGCGACCAGUUUCCCGAAGUAUCGUGCAAACCGCCGUACGAAGCCUGGGCCAAGGAUAACUGUAAAAACAGAUGCAAGUUUUGUCAUGGACCUAGUGCUCCUUGCGCCGACAAGCUGCCAGACUGUGCUAAAUACCCAGAGACGUCAUGUAAGGCUCCCUUUCAAGCAUGGGCACACGAAAACUGCAAAAAUACUUGCAAGUUCUGCCAAGGACCUACAGUUCCACCUCCUGAGUGUAAAAACAACUUGAGAGACUGCGAGACGUAUCCCAAGGACGUGUGUAACGAUCCCAAGUACAAACAAUGGUCGGAGACUCAGUGUCGAUAUUACUGCCGCAAAUGUUCACCUACCGAGUUAGCGUUGAAGGAUGCAAUAACAACCACUAUGAGCCCAACACAAUGUGUGGACAAACUCCAAUGUGGACUAUACGGAAAAGCAUCGUGCUGUGGAAAUUACAGAAAGUGGGCUGAAGACAACUGUCCAGUAUACUGUGGAAUCUGCAAAGGAACGCCUGGUCCACCAACCCCGUGUGCUGACAAACUUCCCAACUGUUCUCGGUACAAGAAAGACAGCUGCACAAACCCUAGCUUUAAACAAUGGGCCGAGGUUAACUGCAUGAAGUACUGCAAUCUAUGUCAUCUGCUUAAUACUAACAACGGGGACCCUUGUGCUAACAGCCCUGGUUUUCCGCACCCUCCAUUACCGGUAUCCGGGUAAAUAUAGAAAGAAAUGUAUACGCACUCGUGUUGAAUAAUUAUCGGAUAUUAAAGCAGUAAUUUUGAAUUUU